UGUAAGGUGGGUAAAUUGUACACUUUGGGGACACUGGCCAAAAAAGUACUUUUCGUUUUUUGACCUUUAGGCGUUAAGCGCAGGGCUUUUAUCAUUUUAAAUAUGGACAACCAGUUUUCAAGAGGCAGCAACCAUAAUUCGCCUUCCUCCCAGUUGGACAAUGGCUACAUUCUGCCAGAGGGCACAGUGACUCCCCAUGCCAUCUUUGUCGGAGGGAUUGACACUAGGGUGAACACAUCCGAAAUGAGGGAAUUUUUUGCGUCAUAUGGUACAAUCAAGGAGGUGAAAAUCAUCACAUUCCGCGGAGGAUUAAGCAAAGGCUAUGGAUUCGUAUACUUCACUGAAGAUGUUGACAUCAACUCAAUUGUCGACCAAAACAUCAUUUGGAAGGGGAAGACACUCAAGCUGGGCCCUGCAAUCAAUAAACAAAGGAAUGCUCGCUACCUGCCACCAGAAAGAAGACAUUCGCGUCUAGUCGAGCCUUGGAUGAGAACCUCCCAGUACGCUUACUGCAAUGGCUACCCAACCAAUAGACCACGCGUGAAUCAAACUGUGCCCUUCAAUAGUGGUGGUGGCAGCCCCUACUACCCUGUAAGAUACACAGAUGUGCCUUACACUAGCGGUGGCAGCACCUACUACCAACAGCCGUAUUGCCACUCCCAAUAUGGAAGCUUUAUUGUUCCACAGAUGCCAGUGAACCAGCCGAACCCAUACGCCUACCAGUACUAUGUGCCUUACUGGACACAUGAUCAAAAUUUUCAUCAGGGUUUGGCGGAGAGUGGAGUUCAGACCAUGCUGACUGUGUAGUUCACACAGCUUCUGACCCACAUCAGGCUACAGGACAUGAGAGCACGGAUAAGACGAUGUAUCAACUUCACCCGACUGCCAUAUUUUCUUCAUUCUCUUGGCUUGCGUGACCAAUUUUAAUUUCUUUUCCAGUCCCAUUACAGUCCUAUUGACCCACAACCUCUCACCAAACCAGCUUUUUUGGUAAUUACCGAAAGCAAAGUCUUUUAAGAUCACCUUUUAUAUGUAUUUAUAUUUUUAUGUUCUAUUUGUUCCCUUUUUAUGUGGAGUUGACAAAAACAAAAUAUUCAAAAAUAUGUUAAUAAUAUGACCCAUUUGGAAUCUUUUUUUUUUUUUUUUUUUCCUAAAGUUCAUUUUUAUUUGUUUUAUGCUCAUGUUUAUUUUCUCAAGUUCAUAGAACAUCGGGUUGAGGUGACUGGUAAGCAAAAAAUUUGUUAUAUUUUUCAACAUGUCACUUGGUCACAUGGCAACAAGCUAUCUUUUUUUGAGAAACAGCUUGAAAUGGUUUCAUACUUUCAAGCUCUUUUGGGGUGAAAAAAAGUUCAGAUUUGCAUGACUCAUAAUGUUUUUGGUUCACUUGUGAGGAAUCAUCCAGGCUCAAGUCACUUUUUUGUUCAUUUGUAAGGUUAAAAACCUCGCCUCAUUUGCACUGCACAUUUGGUGGAUUUUGUUUUCAUGGGAUUGGUCUGGAUUGUAUCACCCUUUGGUGUUUCAAGUGUUUCACUUUAAAAAAAAAAAAAAAAAAAAACAUUUA